AUGAGGCUCUGUCUCUCUGGGUUACUCUUCCUCCUGGUGAUUUCAUUGCCUUCAGGUGAUGCUCUGUUUGGAAAUAAUGGAGUAGAAAUUCGUGCCUGCACUUCCCUUCGGGGCACAUGUUUCUUCGGCUGUAAGCCGGGAUGGGAAUGGCUGGCAUACUGCUACAGCGUAUUCUCUUGUUGCAAAGAAAUGAAGAAAAAUAAACCCCCCCAGGCCUUUGAAUACUGA